AUGGGAAACAAAUGUAGACCAAAGAAGGUGAAGGCACCGUACCGGAAGUACGUUGCUGGCCAAGGCCACAGUCGCACUUAUGGUUUUACACCAACAACUUCACCUGCCGUCGAAGAAAUCUAUGGGGAGGAGUGUAUUACAGAAUUUGCAAGAGAUAACGAUGUGGAAGGGAUCGACAAGGUACAAGAACACUGUUCUAAUCGAAAAUCUACUGAUAGUAUAGUGCAUUUCAAAGCACGUCAAAAUGAAUCUAUGGGGUCGUUGGACCCAUUUCGCAAGACGUCUGAUGAGGAAAAGGAGAAUUUAGGGGACAUGCGGCUUCCUUGGGAGAUUCAAGCGUUAAUUUUGAAAUUUAGCGAUGAGCCAUUCGAUCCUAGCUAUUUACUGGUCUGUAAGGUUUGGUAUCUGCUAUGUUUGCCUUUGAUCUACAGACAUCCAGCACUGAACUGUAGGAAUUUCAACAGUUUCGUGGACGCUGUGAUAAGCAAUCGAAAGAAGAAGAUAGGUGGGUAUGUUGAGGAGCUAAAUUUGGCAUCGAUCAUGCAGAGCGGAAGGAACUCGUUCGUUUCUAGGUUACUACGGCGUUGUUCUCCCAGUUUGCAAAAAUUCACUGCGCCCCAGACGAGUUUCGGAUAUGCGCCGCUAAUAUCGUUGAAAUCAUGCCUUCAGCUCAAGUACCUGGAUCUUGGUCUUGUUUCAGAGACGGUGAAACUGGAGCAACUGUUUGCCGCUAUCAAAAAUUUCAAGCAUCUGACCCACCUUGCGUUUCCCAGGAGCUCGAUCAAUUGCGACGGGUUUCGCGAGUUCCAAUGGCCUGAGAAUCUACAGUAUUUGAAGCUUAGUGGCGGUAUCACCAAUGAGUUUGUCCGCGAAACACAGUGGCCAAGAAGCAUUACUACACUGGAGUUUUCUUACUGCCCUAAAGUCGAUGAACAUGCGGUCUACCGGGUCCUUUCGCAAAUUGGUGACAAUUUGCAGCACCUUUAUUUCCACUACCCUAUGCCGUCAUUACAUGAGAAUGCUUUGGACUACGUCUUUCGUUACUCUUCGCGUCUGAUCUCGAUUCAAUUGAUGGUCGAUUAUUGCUCCAGAUGGGUCUUCUCUGAACACAUGUUGGCUUCCCUGGUUUAUCCGCGCCCCUUGCGUACCAUUUAUCUGGAAUGCAGUGGCUCGCUGGGGCUGGCUUCGAAGAUCCAUCCGGACGACUUCACGAUCGCUAUUAUGGAGUCACGGCUACCUUGCUUGAAGAACAUCAGCGUUUCUUCCAAGCUCGGAUGGGACAUGAACAGCGAUGACGUUUCGGACUUGGUAUCCGUUUUUGAAGAUCAAGGCGGCAGUUUGUAUUUAAGUUAUUAA